AUGGGCUCCCAACCACCCCGCAUCCGCCUGGCAAUCCUCGAGGCCGACACGCCGCAGCCGCAGACCAACGCCGAGUACGGCGGCUACGGCGGCGUCUUCACAGCGCUCCUCCGCACCGCCGCCCGCGCCGACGACCCGCCCGCGCCGCUCGACAGCAUCGUCGACCUCUCGGUGUACCACGCCGUGGGCGAUGACGCCGUCUACCCGGACCUGGAUUCGGUCGACGCCAUCCUCAUUUCCGGCAGCAAGCACAACUCAUUCGAUAACGACCCGUGGAUUCUGAAGCUCGUCGACUUCACCAAGCGAUGCAUCGACAGCGGCCGCGUACGGGUCAUCGGCGUCUGCUUCGGCCACCAGAUCGUCGGCCGCGCGUUGGGCGUCGAGGUCAAGCGCAGCGACCUGGGCUGGGAGGUGGCCGUAGUCGACGUAAAGCUCACGCCCAAGGGCAAGGAGAUCUUCCAGCUGGACAAGAUGCGCAUCCACCAAAUGCACCGGGACGUCGUCACGGCGAACCCGCCCGGCGCCGAGUCCCUCGCCUACACGGAGCUGUGCCCCGUCCAGGGCUUCUACUCGCCCAAGAAGUUCAUCACAGUCCAGGGCCACCCGGAGUUCACGGGACCCAUCGUCAGCGAGAUCCUCAACGUCCGCCACAAGGCGGGCAUCUUUGACGACGAGACCUUUACCGACGCCAUCAACCGCGCGAAUAUCGAGCAUGACGGCGUCAACAUUGCCCGUGGUUUCCUGCGUUUCCUCCGAGAAUGA